AUGUCGACGAACAGAGCAACGGCGGCGGGCGGGGGCGGAGCGGGGCCGACGGGGCGCAACGGCGGCAGUGGAGCGCGGGGGGCGCCUGGGAUAACGCUUCGUGCCUCUCUUCUUGCAGGGGGUUACGAGCGUUUCUCCUCAGAGUACCCUGAAUUCUGCGCAAAAACCAAGUUCCUGAGCAAUGUGUCACCCCCCAGCAGUGCUGAGCCCCUGGAUUUGGGCUGCAGUUCCUGUGGGACCCCUCUUCAUGAUCAGGGUGGCCCUGUGGAAAUCCUUCCCUUCCUCUAUCUUGGCAGCGCCUACCACGCUGCCCGGCGGGACAUGCUUGAUGCACUGGGCAUCACAGCCCUGCUGAACGUCUCCUCAGACUGCCCCAACCACUUUGAGGGGCACUACCAGUACAAGUCUAUCCCCGUGGAGGAUAACCACAAAGCCGACAUCAGCUCCUGGUUCAUGGAGGCAAUUGAAUACAUAGACUCGGUGAAGGAGUGUUGUGGCCGGGUCCUAGUUCACUGCCAGGCUGGUAUCUCCCGCUCAGCCACCAUCUGCUUGGCUUACUUGAUGAUGAAGAAGCGUGUCAAGCUGGAGGAGGCCUUUGAGUUCGUCAAGCAGCGCCGGAGUAUCAUCUCCCCCAACUUCAGCUUCAUGGGGCAGCUGCUGCAGUUUGAGUCGCAGGUGUUGGCCACCUCAUGCGCAGUGGAAGCUGUCAGCCCCUCGGGGACACUGCGGGAGCGGGGCAAGGCCACCUCCACCCCCACCUCCCAGUUUGUCUUCAGCUUCCCAGUCUCUGUGGGUGUCCAUGCCACCCCCAGCAGCCUCCCAUACCUGCACAGCCCCAUCACCACAUCACCCAGCUGUUAGCUCAGGGGCUGGGGCCAGCCAGACAGAUAGUGCCAGGUGCGGAGGGGCCAGGGGGGCAUGGAACCCCAUGAUGUUAAGCAAUAGUUCCGGACACUGCUGUUCACCCUGGACUCGAUGUCUUUUUCGUAGAGAAAUUUCUUACCUCAUCUUGUUUUUUUUGCUUUUUAAUUUUAUGUUUUGAAAGCAUGGGAAAUGGUAAAAGCCACAAACCCUGACAUUUUCCAGGCUCUUUGGGGGAGGGGAAAAAACAGUAUACUGGGUUUCCUCAAGUGCCUGGUCUUCAUCUCUUUCCAUCCCCAUUUUAUUGUCGUGUUU